CAACACUGGUAGACCCGGAUCAAUGCAGACAUUUGCAGCCCCAUUCUUGCCAAUCUCAGGGCGGACAUGACACUCGCGGGCUUCGAUGGUUUCAGGAUCCAGAGGUUGGACCAGAGCGUUCUCUUUUUGGGCGAUGGAAGCGACGACGGCAAGCUCCCUUCCGGGACCCUCUGUGUUCUCAGUCACAAAGAGAAGGAGAUUAUGAACGCUUUGGACGGUGCCGGAGUCCAGCCCACGGAGUCCGAGAUCGCGCAAGAGGUGGCGGUUUUGUCACAAACCAACAUCUACAGGCCGGGGAUCGAUGUCACACAGGCCGAGCUCCAGCCGCAUUUGACGUGGAGGAGGCAAGAGAAAACCGAGAUGGUGGGCUCGUGGAAGGCGAAGAUAUACGACAUGCAUCAUGUGACUGUCAGUGUCCGGUCGCGAAGGGUUCCAGGAGCCAUGACAGACGAGGAGCUGUUCGCUUCAGAAGAGGCCGAGGGAGAGGACGACGAAGACUACACCGAUCUUCUAACCGAGGAGGAGAAGCAGCAACUGGACUCGGCGCUCAAGGCCGAGAAUGGCGAGUUUAUCGAGAAGGGAUUUGACAAGGGUGGCAAGGACAACAGCAAGCUUCGCAGGCGCUUGGAGAACGGGGGGGAUGAUAUUAUAUUGGACGGAUUGCUCGACGAUGAUAUGAGCGUAGGGGGUGCUUCGUCUGGCUCGGAUAUCCACAGGGAGGACAGGAAAAGCUGGUUUAGCUGGGGGAAGAAGAGCGUCAAGCAUGAAAACGCAAAGAAGGUGGAGCCGGCAAGGAAGUCUCUCAGCGUAGAAGUAGAGCGGGGUGGCAGGAAUAACAGCAGAAAGUCUUUCGACAGGCGACCAUCGAAUUAUAGAGCGGAGGACACAUUCGAGCUCAAGAAGGGAUACAUGGACAAGCCUGCCAGGAAGAGCGUAAGCAGGGAGUCGAUUCACAAGCCUGGAAAGGCUGGCGCUGAAAACGAGUACCAGAAGGGAUUGAGGCCGGUGCUGUGGCUCACGCCGGAUUUUCCUCUGAGCACUGAGGAGUUUGUGCCGCUGCUGGACAUUCUGUCCAACAAAGUGAAAGCGAUCCGGAGGCUACGUGAGCUCUUGACAACCAAGCUACCGACUGGAACGUUUCCAGUCAAGCUGGCCAUACCAGUAGUGCCUACCAUCAGAGUCGUCGUGACUUUCACUCGCUUUGACGAGAUCCGCGCGCCGUCGGAGGAGUUUUCCACGCCACUCUCGAGUCCUCGCCACUUCCAAGACGCAAAAGCCAAGGAGGGCGAUGCUCCGCAAGCACAGGCAUCAUCGGCGAGUUCAUGGUUUUCGUGGAUGCGACCUCACAGCCAGGCAAGCUCGUCGGCGGUGUCGGACGAUCACGGGCCCGACUUGGUGGAUCCGUUUCUCAUCCCCAGUGACUACACCUGGGUGGACGUGAACGAGAAGAAGCGGCGAGCCAAGGACAAGAAAUCGAAGAGCAAGAAGAAUAAGAAGCCUCCUCCAGCGCAGGGAGAGACAACGAAGGGCUAGUCUGCUUGCUAGCUCUCACAAGUAACAACAAACAAAGGCUUUUGGAUUUUCUUUUGUAGGCGAUUUACCACACGAAAUGAAAUUCUUGUGUUCUUUCUUCA